AUGCAAGCUACCCGCCUCGCGCAGCGCGCCUCUCAAACAAUCAGCCCCUCUGACGCAUCGCGCCUUGUAUCGGAAGCCGCUCGUCGCGCCUCAACCGCCGCGCCACUGCGUUCACGCUCCCUUCGGAAGUACACGGACAUCAUCGCCAUCACAGUUGCCUCCAUGGUCGCUGCGAGUGCCCUCAACAACAAGCGGGAUUAUGGUGAUCGUGUCGCCGUGCUAGAAGCGGAGUUGCGUCGCGCCGAGGAUCAACGGGACGAGGCUAGGCGUCAUUUCUCGGUUUUCAAAGACGCUGUUUUCCAAGUCGCCCCGCACGCUGUUGCAGAGAUGGAGAAGAUUGGCAAGCAGAAUAAGGAACAGCGCAUUUCGGAGAGAACUACCCUCUUGCAGCGCUGUCUGCAAGAUACCUUAGAUGAGAUUUUGUCCGAUCCCAGCAAGGAUUCGGCAACUAAAGUGCUGCCCAAUGAAGACGAGAAACCGAAACUCAUCUGAAAGCAGAGUAUCCUUGUCCCGCACUGGUCGCUUCGCUGUCCCCGCCCCGGAAUCGAAUUGAAACGCAGCUAAAAUCCCUAACAGGCGUAGAAUACUUGGUGUUAAAGAGUCUGUGAUGUGUGCAAGCAAGCAUCGUGAUUGUAAACAGCUAGUUGCAAUCGCAAUACCACUGCAGACAAGUUGGGACGGCCUCUUGAAGUAGAGCGACACUUGCCUUUAUCCGCCUCGAGGAAAAGAGGGAACACGUUCAGUUUAUCGUUUUUCGUCUAUCAUUGGAAUUUAGUUUUUCAAAGGGGAAACAGGUAGUGCUUGAUUCAGGCUUUCGGUCUCUACGAAAUAAAUAUAGCUUGUGCCUCGAA